AGGCCGGGCGGCGGCCGCCGCGCCCUUGGGCUCCGACUCCGGCUCCGGCUCGGGCUCGCCAUGGCUGCGGCGGCGGCGCCGUGAGGAGGAGUCCGCGUCCUCGGUGGCGGCGGCGGCGGCCGGCUCCAGGCCGGGUUUUGGCGCCGCCCGCCUGCUGCCUCCUGGCGGCUCCUGAACUCCAGCCCCCUCUCUAUCAGCCUCUCACUCCGUCUCAAUAUGUCUCAAGAUGGCGGCCAAUGUGGGAUCGAUGUUUCAAUAUUGGAAGCGCUUUGAUUUACAGCAGCUGCAGAGGGAACUCGAUGCCACCGCAACAGUAUUGGCAAACCGGCAAGAUGAAAGCGAGCAGUCUAGAAAGCGGCUCAUCGAGCAGAGCCGAGAGUUCAAGAAGAACACUCCAGAGGAUUUACGCAAGCAGGUAGCGCCACUGCUGAAGAGCUUCCAAGGAGAGAUUGACGCACUGAGUAAAAGAAGCAAAGAAGCUGAGGCAGCCUUCUUGAAUGUCUACAAAAGAUUGAUUGAUGUUCCAGAUCCCGUGCCGGCUCUGGAUCUUGGGCAACAGCUCCAGCUCAAAGUGCAGCGCCUGCAUGACAUUGAAACAGAGAACCAGAAACUUAGGGAAACUCUUGAAGAAUACAACAAGGAAUUUGCUGAAGUGAAAAAUCAAGAGGUUACGAUAAAAGCACUUAAAGAGAAAAUCCGAGAAUAUGAGCAGACUCUGAAGAAUCAAGCAGAGACUAUAGCCCUCGAAAAGGAACAAAAGUUACAAAAUGAUUUUGCAGAAAAGGAGAGAAAGCUGCAUGAGACACAGAUGUCCACCACCUCAAAGCUGGAAGAAGCGGAACAUAAAGUUCAGACUCUGCAAACAGCCCUGGAAAAAACUCGAACAGAAUUAUUUGACCUGAAAACCAAAUAUGAUGAAGAAAUUACUGCCAAGGCCGACGAAAUUGAAAUGAUCAUGACGGACCUUGAAAGAGCAAACCAGAGGGCAGAGGUGGCUCAGAGAGAGGCGGAGACCUUAAGGGAGCAGCUCUCUUCAGCCAACCACUCUCUCCAGCUGGCCUCACAGAUCCAGAAGGCGCCGGAUGUGGAGCAGGCCAUAGAGGUGCUGACCCGCUCCAGCCUGGAAGUUGAGUUGGCUGCCAAAGAGCGGGAGAUCGCCCAACUGGUGGAGGAUGUGCAGAGACUCCAGGCCAGCCUCACCAAGCUGCGGGAGAACUCGGCCAGCCAGAUCUCCCAGCUCGAGCAGCAGCUAAGUGCCAAGAACAGCACGCUCAAACAACUGGAAGAAAAACUCAAAGGACAGGCUGACUAUGAAGAGGUGAAGAAAGAACUAAAUAUUCUGAAGUCCAUGGAGUUUGCACCGUCCGAAGGAGCCGGGACACAGGACGCAUCCAAGCCCCUGGAGGUGCUGCUGCUGGAGAAGAACCGCUCGCUGCAGUCCGAGAACGCCGCACUGCGCAUCUCCAACAGCGACCUGAGCGGGUCAGCCAGGAGAAAAGGGAAAGACCAGCCUGAGAGUCGGCGUCCUGGACCUUUGCCGGCGCCCCCUCCUCAGUUGCCCCGCAACACGGGGGAGCAGGCUUCCAAUACUAAUGGUACACACCAGUUCUCACCAGCGGGGUUAACUCAAGACUUUUUCAGCUCAUCCCUGGCAAGCCCCAGCCUACCCCUGGCUUCUACAGGAAAAUUUGCACUAAACUCUCUCCUCCAACGACAGCUAAUGCAGUCCUUCUACUCCAAGGCCAUGCAGGAAGCAGGAAGCACAAGCAUGAUUUUUUCAACAGGUCCUUACAGCACAAACUCCAUAUCAUCCCAAAGUCCAUUACAACAAAGCCCAGAUGUAAAUGGCAUGGCCCCAUCUCCCAGCCAGUCAGAAAGUGCUGGGAGCGUCUCCGAGGGCGAGGAGAUAGACACUGCAGAAAUUGCCCGGCAGGUGAAAGAGCAGUUGAUCAAGCACAAUAUCGGACAGCGCAUUUUCGGACAUUAUGUCUUGGGACUGUCUCAAGGGUCCGUGAGUGAGAUCCUGGCCCGGCCCAAGCCAUGGAAUAAACUGACCGUUCGUGGCAAGGAGCCUUUUCACAAGAUGAAGCAGUUCCUCUCGGAUGAGCAGAACAUCUUGGCUCUUCGUAGCAUCCAAGGCAGACAAAGAGAGAAUCCAGGCCAGAGCCUGAACAGACUAUUUCAGGAAGUACCGAAACGAAGAAAUGGGUCUGAAGGUAACAUCACCACCCGGAUCCGAGCCUCGGAGACUGGGUCCGAUGAAGCAAUCAAGUCCAUCCUGGAACAAGCCAAAAGGGAGCUGCAAGUGCAGAAAACUGCAGAGCCGGCCCAGCCUUCUUCCACAUCCAGCAGCGGGAACUCCGAUGACGCCAUCCGUUCCAUCCUGCAACAAGCCCGCCGAGAAAUGGAGGCCCAGCAAGCCGCCCUUGACCCCGCCUUAAAACAAACACCACUGUCACAGACUGAUAUUGCCAUCCUGACCCCUAAGCUAAUGUCCACCUCACCCAUGUCCUCGGUGUCCAGCUACUCUCCUCUAGCCAUUUCCUUGAAGAAGCCCGCCUCUGCCCCAGAUUCUAACACCUCCACUCUACCCAACCCCCCGGCCCUCAAAAAGGAGUCCCAGGACGCGCCUGGGCUGGACCUCCCGGGGGCGGCCGACUCUGCACAGGGUGUCCUUCGACACGUGAAGAAUGAGCUGGGCCGCAGUGGCGGGUGGAAGGACCACUGGUGGAGCACUGUGCAGCCAGAAAGAAAGAGCAGCGCACCUUCCGAGGAAACUAAGGUUGAAGAAGCCAGCAGUGGGAAAGAAAAAGGCAGCGGCAGCAGCCAGGCGCGGGCCGAGCGCAGCCAGCUCCAGGGACCCUCCUCCUCUGAGUACUGGAAAGAGUGGCCCAGCGCAGAGUCACCAUACUCCCAGAGCUCGGAGCUGAGCCUUACUGGAGCCAGCCGCAGCGAGACGCCGCAGAACAGCCCUCUGCCCUCCUCCCCGAUCGUACCCCUGUCCAAGCCCGCCAAGCCCUCUGUACCCCCGCUGACACCCGAGCAGUAUGAGAUCUACAUGUACCAAGAAGUAGACACCAUUGAGCUUACCCGGCAGGUGAAAGAGAAGCUGGCCAAGAAUGGCAUUUGUCAAAGGAUCUUUGGGGAGAAGGUUCUGGGCCUGUCCCAGGGCAGUGUCAGUGACAUGCUGUCUCGGCCAAAGCCAUGGAGCAAGCUGACCCAGAAAGGCCGCGAACCCUUCAUCCGGAUGCAGCUCUGGCUAAAUGGCGAGCUGGGCCAGGGCGUCCUGCCCGUCCAAGGACAGCAGCAGGGUCCAGUCCUCCAUUCUGUGACGUCACUACAGGACCCUCUGCAGCAGGGCUGUGUGAGCUCAGAAAGCACGCCAAAGACCUCUGCCAGCUGCAGCCCUGCCCCCGAAUCACCAAUGAGCUCUAGUGAAUCAGUGAAGAGUUUGACUGAACUGGUCCAGCAGCCCUGUCCCCCCAUUGAAACAAGUAAGGAUGGCAAACCACCAGAACCCAGCGAUCCGCCUGCUUCAGACUCCCAGCCCACCACCCCGCUGCCUCUCUCCGGACACUCAGCCCUCAGCAUUCAAGAGCUGGUAGCCAUGUCUCCAGAGCUGGACACCUACGGUAUAACCAAGAGGGUCAAGGAGGUGCUGACUGACAACAACCUUGGUCAGCGCUUAUUUGGGGAGACCAUCUUAGGGCUCACCCAAGGCUCCGUCUCUGACCUCCUUGCUCGCCCAAAGCCCUGGCACAAGCUCAGCCUGAAGGGACGGGAGCCCUUUGUCCGAAUGCAGUUAUGGCUGAAUGACCCCAACAAUGUGGAGAAGCUGAUGGACAUGAAACGGAUGGAAAAGAAAGCCUACAUGAAGCGGCGACACAGCUCAGUCAGCGAUAGUCAGCCCUGCGAGCCCCCCUCCGUUGGCAUCGACUAUAGCCAAGGCGCAAGCCCCCAGCCCCAGCACCAGCUGAAGAAACCUCGUGUGGUGCUGGCUCCUGAAGAGAAAGAAGCUCUGAAACGAGCAUAUCAGCAAAAGCCAUACCCGUCACCAAAAACCAUCGAAGAACUUGCCACCCAGCUCAACUUGAAAACCAGCACUGUCAUCAACUGGUUCCACAAUUACAGGUCUCGGAUCCGCAGAGAACUGUUCAUUGAGGAGAUUCAGGCCGGGAGCCAGGGCCAGGCCGGGGCCAGCGACUCCCCAUCGGCCCGAAGCAGCCGGCCGGCGCCCAGCUCCGAGGGCGACAGCUGUGACGGCGUGGAGGCCGCCGAGGGCCCGGGCGCCGCGGACGCUGAGGAGUCAGGUGGCCCCGCGGCCGCCACCAAGUCUCAGGGAGGGCCUGCCGAGGCAGUCGCGGCGGCCCUGGAGGAGCGGGAGGAGGCGCCGCGGCCGUCGGAGAAGGCGGAGGCGCAGCCCUCGGGAACCACGGCCCCGGACGACGCCGAGGAGGGCAGAGCCCGGGUCCCACCGCCGCCCGAAGGCUCCGCGGACGGCUCGAGGCCCGUGCCAAAACCCGCCGCCGCCGCCGCCGCCGCGCCUGCGGCCGGGGAGGACGCCGCUACCUCAGCCGCCCCGCCGGGGGAGGGCCCCUGCAGGGCCCGGGACGCCGACAGGAGUUCCGCUUUGCCAAGCACCAGUGCGCCGGCGGCCGCCCGCAGGCCCAGUUCUCUGCAGAGCCUCUUUGGCCUCCCCGAGGCGGCAGGCGCCAGAGACUCGCGAGACAACCCCUUGAGGAAGAAGAAGGCCGCGAACUUGAACAGCAUAAUUCACCGCCUGGAGAAGGCCGCCAGCCGGGAGGAGCCCAUCGAAUGGGAAUUCUGAGAGGCGCCGCCCGCCCAUCCCGCCAGGCUGAGCAGGGCCGGGCUGAUCAGAGUCGAGCCGGGCCGAGCCAGGCCGGGUCUGGCCGAGCCGGCCGAGCCGGGCAGAGGGGCGGGCGCCGACUCCACGGCCCGGGACCGUGUUGCGCACUUACUGCCCUGCGGGCCACAGGGCAAAAUCGCCAUAGGCCAAGGUGCAUAUAGAAAACAAAGGAGCAUUAAGCCCAAUCUAUGUCGUGUUUUCAAGGAAGAAAACGGAAAUGUGUAGUCGAGCUUUUUUGUACCCUGAAGUGUUUUUUUUAUUGCCCUAAGUGAUUUCCACAGGUUCUGGAAUAACUCUUACAGCUUUGCCUUGCGCCCUCCUCUUUCGUGUGGGCUUUAAAAAAAAAAAAAUCAAACCCACAUAUUAAAAGGGGGCUUUUUAUCUGCCAUCUAAUGGCUUCAGAGCGAUAAUACACUAUUAUCUUCUUAAACCAGGAAAAAAAGGGGGGGGGGAUUUUUCAGAAAAAUUAAAAAAGAAAGUUUUUGUAGCUGUUCAGUUGCCACUAAGAGAUUGCACAGUCAAACCGACUCUAAACACACUAGUUUGGAUUCCUAAAUAUUUUCAAGUAAAGAAUCUUCUCGUUUGAAACUUUGAAUUAAAAUAAAACACAUUUACUCCACAUAUUUUUUAACAAAAAGAAAAGUCACAUCAGGAAAAUAACUGAUUUUGUGGUAGCUGAUGUAGUGUUUUCUUGUAUGUGAAUAGAAUCCUGACAUGUAGUGCACAUUGAUCCAUAGCUUUAACUGACUCUGGGCUUUUGCUGACCAGGGUCUGUUUAAUACACUCCAUUCUAGGCCAAAUCAGGACAAAAAGAAAAGAUCCGAAUCUAGGUAUUUUAUAAUCUGCUUUUUAACCUCUAACCGCAGAGCACGCUGAUCAGACCUCAUAUCUUGGAGGUUUAGGAGACAAGUUAGAACUGUAGCAUGUACCCGUUCAUUUUGUUUAAUUUAUGGUGUCCACGUCUGUGUUAGUGCGUCUGCACAUGUGUGAGCAUUUAAAGAAAGGAGGAAAGAGUCGGCCACUAAGGUCACAGCAGACAGUUCUGGGGCCAAACGGGGCCCACCCCUCAUAGACAGCAGUCUUUCCUUGGCACAGAAGGCACCACACCUCACACCACUCUCCCAGGCGCCUGAUGGACUGAGCCCCACCAGGGGACGCCGCUCCCUGGGCCUGGGCAGGGCUCCCGCGCACUCUCUUUCCCUUUCUUCCCACCACAAGCACUGAUGACUGUUGAAGUCGUGGGAAGCUUCCUUCCCUGCAGAAGAGAGAACGUGGCAAUCUGGGCUCUGCUCCCACCCCCGUAGAGAUGGCCCAAACUGACACCAAAAUGUUGAUACUCUUCACUUCCAGACCAGACCAUUCACCCUUCAUUCAUAUUGUCUCUUGGAACGUUCUUUUAUGCAGUCUUUUACUAAGUCUUUUAGGUCAGUCUAAGUACAAAUCAAAAGUCUAACUUGUCUCUGAUUCCUCCUGUUGUCUAUGUGUAUAUGCGUGAGAAUAGAGGUGGAUGAGAGUGUGCGUGUGUGCGUGUGUGCAAUUUUAUACGUCUGUGUAUUUUCUUAAGUACCUGUGCACACAUAGAGUGCAUUACUGCCACCUUUUUUCAAUAAGCUGUUCAGUUAUGGCUUCUACAAGUUUGCUAAUUUAGACUCCUUUAUUGCCAUAUCUUUAAACUAACAAUAGAUGAUUUCGGUAUAUAUAUAUUUUUUUUUUUUGCUUAUUUAUAGGUGCUGUAUUUUAUUAUCUGAUUGUUAGGAAGGGAUGAAAGGGGCAAAUAUUCUUUAGAGGGAUAGACUGCCGGCAGUAUUGGGUAUAAUUUACAAGAUGUAGUUGUCAUACUGUAUAUUACUGAUUGAAAACUUUUUGACCGUAUUGUGUAUCAUUGAAACCUUUGUCUUAGGUCAACAUCUUUGGAUGACAUUUUAAUGGUGCAUUCAUUAUUUCUUAAGUUUAAUUAAUAUUAUCUUUUUGAUUUGGGGGUGGGAGGGAGUUAUAAGUUUAGAGGUAUGCUCCCGCUAUUACACCUCAGUGUGCUUGUAUUAAUUAACUUGUAGGACUUUGACUGUAAGAUGUGAAACCACAUUUCUUGCAUGAUGUUUUAGAAAUUAUAUAUUUCAUUUACAGUCUUUUAACCUGCAACUGCAGCACUUAGUUCAAGUUUUCACAAAUUUAAGAGUCACUACACUAAAGACAAUGCCUUUUCAUGAAUAAGAAGUUUUCAGAAGGCUCUAGGAGGCUGUGAGGCAGGCCGUUUGUCUUUUGAUGGUUGGUCAUCUCUGAACUUCAAAUCUGGUUCAGCGAGAAGAUAAUUCAAAACGGAGGAGCUUAAGGGGAAAACAGAUUAACAUCUGGCUCAAUUCAGGUGCAUUAAGAAGAGCGAGUUUGCAUUAGUGACCCUUAGGACAGUGAGUAGCAGAGCCCCUGACAGUACUGUGGUGUCCUCUCCACAAAAACCUCGAGGGAAAUUUGUCAUCAUGUGUGAUGAAUCACUAAAUAUCUGAUUUUCAUCAGAAUCAAAAGCAGGGAGUUAACAGGAAAUAUUAGGGUAGUGUUUUAGUUUUAAAGGCAUGACUGUUAUUUAUGGAGGUAUUAAAUGCGAGGAAAUUGAAAAAUUAUAAAUUUGUUCAUUCUAGUGGCCAAAUAGUAACAGUCUAAAACAGCCACCUUGGCUCUUCCAAGCAAUUUAGUCAUUUUUGUUGUGGUGUUUGUUGUUGUUUUUUUUUUAACUAGAUUAUUGUUGAUUUCCAUUCUGUCUCUUUUGCCAGACUUACAUCUGGGUGCUCGAUACAAUCAGUUGGUUAAAUUUUGCUUGCAGUUCUGUAUUUGUAUUUUUCUCUAUUUAUUUUUUUAUUGCCAUCCCAACCCUAUUCUUUUUUGUGUUUAAGCUAUCACUGUCUGUAAUACUUCUAAGAGCUGCCACUAAAUAACACAAACCUGUUGGCGGGGGCAAGCAUCCCCCUCCUCAUUGAGCCCCUCAGUUUGAGUCUAAGGGUUGAGCUUUCAUCUUGAGAAGCAAUAUUCAAGUGCCUUGAACAGCGUCCUCUCCGUGGGGUUUUACCUUCAGCUGGCUGGCGUUCCAAGCAGUAGUUCCCACAGGCAGCCGACCUCCUCCUCUUUACGCUCCAUCAGUUUAAAAAGCUGAUUUGUACCUCUCCCCUGGGGAAAACGGUUCCAUAUAAAACACUAACACUUAAUUACAAGCUCCAUUAUACCAUUUUAAAUGGCUUCUUUUUGUUAAUUGGAGGCAGUGUUCAUAACUUAAGGUUUUUGCCAUUACUUAGCUGGCUAAGUGGAGGCUCAGCAUAAAAUCAGUGUUCACAGGCAGCCUCUUGACCCUUGGUUCCUGCCCACGCUCUCCUGCGGUGUCUGAGGUGGGCGGCCUGUGGGUUCUGGCCUAGUCCAGUGCCCACCCGCUUCCACCGCCUGGCUCCCAAGUGACCUCCUCCCUUGAACUUCCGGAUCAGUCAGGAUGUCAGUGAUUUCUGUCCACCAGACUGCUCUUCUCUAGAAAAGAUUCCCACCGCCAUUAGUUCAACUCAGUUAUUCUCAGAGCCAACCUUCCUGAGGAACAGCACAAUGCACAGUGGCUUAUGGUCAGCAGCCUGCCCUGAGAUGCAAUGCAGGCUUGGGAGAAGUCUCCAGGGAAUGCCAGGAUCUUGACUCGUAUGACUACUCUCAAACCCUGGCCACUGUGUCUGGGAAAGUGAUUGGCAAAAAAACUAAUCAUUCAUGGCCCCCCUGUACUUCCUAAGUACAAAUGCCUCCCUGCCCGGUUUCCUUCCUGUUGGCAUCUUUGUUCUCUCCCUAUUUUAAAACCAUGCUGUCUGAUGUGGACAUUCAGGUCUGCUGGUUGGUGGUGUGGUGGUCCAGGCCUAGAGUGCCAUGGAGCUUUGUGUUAGAGGUCACUCUGCGCUCUCUGGCAUGAGGGGCCCUCCCCACCCUGGGUCCAGCUGGCGAGCUCCAGGAGGAGGGAAACACCCCAUCUGCCUCCUUGGCCAGAGCACAUCAGUUGCACAGCUCAUGAGCAAACCAAGCAGAAGGCAGGUUGUCUCAGCUGACUUCCCUAAGAUCACACAGCAGUCAUGCCCUAAGAGACUGGAGUCAGAGUCACCAGACAGCCCCGGCCGCAGGAGGGUGCCUUCCCAACUGAAGCUGGACUGGGUUUCUCUGUUCCUCCUCAACGCAUGUCCUUUCAUGCAGGUGUAAUCAGUGAACUCAACUGACAUUCUAUGCAUUGUUUUACAUUCCCCUGAUUUUAAAGAAACAAACCUCACUGAAAAUAGCAGAGGAACCAGGGCGGGUAUACGCACAUCCUGGGAUUGCGCAAAGUAAAUGGUGAUAGUGACUUGCUAGAUCUGGAGCUGGGGGGCAAUAGUGUUGCCUUAAAUGCACUAUGACAGGCGCCUCUCAACAGGCUUAUAAAAACAAGAGUCUGCUGCUCGUAGCUAUCCCAGGCCACUACUCUUGGAGGCCAGUGAGCCAGCUGUGCGGGGGAGAUGUCGCAAGGCAAGGUUCUGGCACAUGUGGUGGGUUGUUAGCCAUGUCCCUUCGGGCUGGAGGUUUGGUUCCCUCCCCGGAUGUUCUCCGUUAUUGUCACAAUCCUCAUUUGUCCCCGUCUACCUCACUAACCCACGCUGCCAUUUGACGUCACUCCUCACCCCACACCCCUCAGAACCAUGUAGCAAGUGGGCUGCAGGGAGAAAAAAAGCUACGAGGGUGGCAUCCAUGAUCUUGGCCUGGUGGACGGGCAUCCUCUCUUAAGAGCACGACAUGGACAGACAGCUGUGCUCUGUGAGGCACGCGGGUUUUUCUCUUGACUUCCACCUGUUCUUGAAGAUCUGUCAGCUGUUUCCUUGGCAGGCAGCGGCCGUCUCAGGCCUCAAAGGGCCUUGUCUUUGGCCUGCCUUUGCUUUCUGCCCAUUCCUGCUCAGCUGUUAAGAUCCGUCACUGUCAUUUUCCUUGCCCUGGGCUGCCCCUAAAUGCCACAUGAGGACACUUCCCUAGGGCUCCUACCUGGUGUGAGGGAACUCUUUAUUGUCCCUGGCACUGGGAGGUUAUGACUUCAGCUCUGCUAUGACACUCCUUUGGAAGUAUCUCAAAGACAGGAGCAGAUAUGGCAUUCUCCGGCCCACUCACCCAACCUUCAGUCACAUGGCCCUUUCUUCCCCAAAGAAUAUGCCAGUUUCCACCCAGUGCUAAUGAAAACCAGCUCCCAGGGCUGCUGGUUGGAUGUGGGUCCCUCCACGCUGUUGGCCAAAGUGUUCUCCUGAUGGGAAGAAUUUGGAGAUGGGAGCCUAAGAUCUGUGCCAUUCUCGUGUACUUGGGCACUUACCGGGAAAAGCUCACGUGCAGAACUGCCCAAACUGCUUCUGUGGUUUCAUUUGGGCCUAGGUGGCAUCAAGGGAGCCUUUGUGACCCACAAGGCAGAGCGCCCACCCUGAGCAGCAGGGUGAUAGCCUGGGACUCUAACGUGAUACAGUUCCACUUGCUUGUGCAUCGAAUAUGAGGCUGGCCAGCAUGCUUGCUUGCUAAGAGAAUGGUCUGAUUUGACAAUAUCAUUUCCAUUUCCUUCUGUGUGAAUCAGGGCAGCAGAGGACAGGGCAUGGGGAGCAGCCAGCUGAACAAAAAUGGGCCCCACCCCAGAACCUUUCUGCCCCAGCAGCCCCAGCUGCCUGCGAGCCUCAGGCCUGGUCAGAAAGGAAGACGGAAAUGCUACUCCCCCUCAUCAGUCCCACUUGCGAGAACUGCCCCCACCCACCCAGGCCUGGCUACUGCCUCUCCACCCCUCCUCCCCUCCAAAGAUACACUGGCAGUGGCAUCACCUCCAUUUUCAUUUUUGGAUGAAGUGACAUUUAGCUUUAACAAGACAUUUCCAAAGCGCCUAGUCUCCUCCAAAAUGCUAACUUCAAAAGUUGGGCAUUGUAGACAAAGAAUCCUAAAAACAGGCUAGUGAGAGAAAGACAUUAGGCUAUGCAUAAAUGUGCACUUCCCCAAAUCCCCCUGUUAUUAAAGUUAAAAUACCACUGAGUUGCUUCUCGUGAUCAUCUUAGUUUAUCCAAUACUGUUAAGAAAUAUAGUCUGUUACUGUAAUUUUUGUAGUGUUUAGGCUUUAAUUUUUACCACAGAAUAUGCUAUUUGCUAUGUAUCAAGCUUUCUGUGAUCAGAAAGGAAAGGUGCCUUAUAUCCCAAUGUCACGGCUACAUCCCUAUGGAAAAUAAUCAGAAGCACAGCGUGUACGAAGCAUUGGGACUUCCGCUGGUGAACUCAGACUCCCAUCAGCAAGACAGAUUGAAGUGGCACGGGGCUGCCUUUGUUUUAUAGUUCUUUUUUUCUCAUUUUUAACUUUCCUUUUUUCUUUUGUAGUUUGCUUUAAACAGAAAGCACUUAAAUAGAUGACUAUGUGUAAAAGCUCUGUGCAAUAGAAAUCAUUUUUCUUCAUUUUUAAGAGAUAAUGUAUUGCACACCAAAUGAACUCAAAGUAAGCUUUAGACCAGGACGAUUCAGGUUGUGGAUGAGUAUGUUCACUGUAGUUCCGUGUGUUCAUGAACUGAAGGGAAAACAGGCUUCCCCAGCCCUCGCCCCCAGCCUGCCUCUUGCUGACCACUGAGCUAGGCCUGUGGGGCGCUUGGCCAGAACCGCUGGGUGGAUGGGGGCGGGGGUGUUUGUGACUCAGCAGCUGAGAGCCUCUCCAGUGUGAGACCACAGCCAUCCCUUCCAGCACUUAACCUUUUCUUGUUGAGAUGGAUUGACUGCUACUGACCUGCCAGCGUGCAUGAGGAUAAUUAUAAAAGGAUGUUUCCUUGAGAAAAAAAAUUAUUUCUAUCCUCUUCUAUUUAUUAUUAGGUUAAUCAUUUAAGUACUUAUCAGGAGUAUAUUGUUUUUUGUGUUGUUGUUGUUGUUGUUGUUGUUGUUAUAAAUGCUUUUUGCUAUCACUCCAGUGGUUACUGUCUUCUGCCUCCUGCCCUCCCCAUCCCACCCCCUGAAAAAGAAGCGAAGGGUCUGGGGAUCUGACAGGGGGCUUCUCCAGCAGAAUCAAACAUCUGUCUCCAGAGUAGCCACUCAAAAACUGGUGGUCUCCACAUGUCUAACUUUUUAAAUGAGUUGAUGAACAAAAAUCUACCAGUGUGAGGAAUGCCGAGUAGUAGAACACUCGUGUGAGAAGCUGCAGAGGAGACUUAGAAAAGCAAAAUUCAGUUCCCCAAAGCCUCCUAGAGCCUCUGUAAGACUUCUGGGUUCAUGACGUUUCCGUGAGCCCUGGUCAGAGGGUGCGGCGGCCCGGCCAAGGCUAUGACUUCUGAGUGAGAGUGGUUUCUUGCAAGGCUCACAUGGGUUGACGUGUUUUAGUUGGCUUUUGUUGUUGUUGUUGUUGUUGUUGUUGUUUUUCUUGCAUACAAAUUUGGUCAAAACCAUCUUUUAAAGCAACAGUGUUUCUUCGUUCGGCUGUGGCUUGAGGACCCACACCAAGGAGGUCAGGGGGCGAGGAGCCCCUCUCCCCCUUAACGUGGUUAAAUGUGGAGAGGUUAGAUGUGGGCAGAGCUCUCUGAGGCUAAGAAGCACAGCCAGCAAGACACCCAGUUGCUUGUACUGGGCUGUGAGGGUGAAGUGGGGCUGGUCUGGGGCCUAUGGGCUCACCCUCAUGGGCACAAGAGAAGGAAGCUCCCGGGGCGAGCCAGGGGCCCCGCCCCCGCCCCAGGUGGAGCCAGGCCUGUGCCUCUGCUCCCAAAGGGCCCACCGACCCUGACUCACUUUUCAUGCCGUGACUUUUCCCCAUCUCUGAAAUCAUUGGAGGUCCUGACUUUGUUCUCAUCUUUUUGGAAGAAUGCCCUCCAAUGAAAUAACUGCCCUCAUUCCCCCAAAAGGGUUUGCAUUUCUCCCUAAUUCGUCUAUGCAUUUCUCUCUCUCGAGCCGUUUUCUGCCUCUUUCCUUGAGAAAACGGGCAUCUCAUGUCCCACCAUCUAAGACCCCCUCAGAAAAUGCUGUGCAUUUUGGAGAUGUGAGGAUUCGUUCAAAAUUCUUAAAGCAUUUGAGAAUAGCUUGUUAUAAAAGUGGGAAAAGAAAAGGUGGUUUUCCCACGUCCCUUUCCACUGAGUAAGACCUAGUUCUUUGCGAUUGUGCAAUAACUACUUGCCUGCGAGCGGGUAGCCACGCUCCUGUCCAGACUACUAACGCAGCACAAGCCAAGCGCUCACGGAGUGGCGGACUUCUUCCGGAGAAUUCUUAAUAAGCUCAGCUCCCCCCAGUGUAUCGUGGUGUCUUAUAUUUUAGCAGUAUUUUAUAUUUUCUGUAACGCACUAAGUCUUAGAUGUUUUAGAGCUCAUUUGUUAAUACUCACAAUCACAGACUUUUUUUUUUUAAUCCUCACAGAGUCCCAAUUGACCAAAAAAAAAAAAAAGGCAUCUUUUUUUUUGUUUGUACAAAUAGCUUUGAGAAGCCUCUGCUGUGUUGCUGUGACCAUCUCUAGUAACAUUUUUAUUUCUUGCUAUUUGUUUUCAACAUUAAGAGUCAGGAGUUGAUCCGGCUGGCAUGGGGGUGGGGAGGCGCCCGUCGGCCCCUCGGUGUUGUCCCUUCUGUCUUUGGUUAGCCAUACGAUGUUUGUUCUCAGCACUGUACAACGGUCCCUAUAUGAUAUGGAGAAGCAAUAUCACUGUAUGAAACUCACACCAUGUAUUAUUAUUAUUCACUAGCACCCUAGGUGUGAUAAUUGAAGUAAAUAUCUUUUAUACAAACACAAGAA